AUGCUUGAAAGGCUUGAACUGCUGCAGACCAAGCUGGACGAGCAGAGGAAAGAUGCAAACGACAAAGAGUACCGCUUUGUAGCUACUUGCCUGCCGCCGCGACACGCUUGCUCAAAAGCCACAGAUCAUGUCGGGUUGGAGAAGCUCCACGAAACCUCAGCAAUGUUCACCGCCAGCGGUGGGCAGGAGUUGCGGGCAUUGGCUCGCCUGGGACAGUUGCUAGAAAUGUUGCGACGGCACGCAGCUGCAACCUCCAAGACUCCUUCGGCGCUUUUUGCAGAACUGGAAACGACCUCAGCUUCUUUCAUUUUUCUCAGCCAACUAACCCGAAACCCUAAUCCCUCGGCUUAG